CUCGAAUCCAGUUGCUAUUAGAAAAAAAAACAGUUUUUAACCAUACAUACAUACAAAAUGGCCGAUCUUCUUUGAAAUAAUUUUGUAGAAAUUUUUUAUGGAUAAUAUUCUUUAAAUAGUUAUAAUAUAUAAAAACAUGUCCAAAAGAGAUCAAAGUGAUAGAAAUGAAAGGAAGCUGGAGUCGAGUGACUACGAAAAUUUAAUAUCUCAACAUAGUAUAUUUGAAUCAACAAGAACUAAACAUCAGGAAUUGCCCAGUUUUCCGGGAUUCACGAACGCUGAAACACAAACAAAGCCUAGUGACAUCAAAGGGCAGACACAAACUGCAGGCCUGGGUGCAUGGCACUAUAACCCCUGGUGGAUGCUUGCUAGCACUUCACGAAAUAUCCCGUCGCAAGAGGAGUAUUCUGAAAAUAGUGAACAAGCAAAAGUGAAACAAGAACCAGCUGGUGCUGGUACACCAGACAGGGAUACUUUACAGAGUGAACUAGACAAUUUUCCUACAGGAACUGCCACUCCUCCAGCAGGACUCGAUUCAUUCUGUGAUGAUUGUUCGGAUCCAUUUUGUGAUUCCAGUGCUGCUAUAUGUAGAAAACUUUUCCAUUGUCCUCAUUGUAGGAAAAGUUACCCCACUAUCCUUGAAUUCAAUACACAUUUGACAGGUGUACAUCCAACACAAAAACCGUUUAGAUGUCAAAUAUGCUUAGAGCCAUUUCACAAGAAAUCACAUCUUCGUAGACAUCUAGAUGCUAAUCAUACACGUAAAGAUGUAAACAAGUGUUCUGUAUGUUCAAAAUAUAUUAAAGAUAAGAGUAAUCUUCGUAAACACAUGCAGGUUCAUACUGGCCGUGUACCCCAGAGGCAAUUCAAAUGUGAUUUGUGUAACAAUAAACGUUAUAUGUCUCUUGAUAGGCUCAAUAACCAUAAAGUUGUGUGCACAGGGGAAAAAAUAUUAAAAUAUUGUGACAUGUGCACUAAAGUAUUUGACAAUUCAAGGUCACUAAAUAGUCACAAAAAGGUGCAUGCUAGGGAACUAAAGUGUGAAAACUGUGGUGAACAACUCCGUUCACUAGAACAAUUUUCAAAUCAUAAAAUGAUUUGUCAAGGAACAACACCUGAAGCAGGUGGAAGUCACACUAGCUCAGCAAGUGCCGCUGGUACAUCUAUGAACAGAUGUUGUACACAACCAGGACUCUGUGAACAUGAUAAACCGGCCUAUCUUAAUAUACCUGGCUAUGCCACUAAUAGACAACUUGAUGCUACUCUCUCAUCUUUAAAAUCAGAACUAAAUUGAUGACAUCUACUAGAGAGCUAUUACAUACAAAGUUAAAACUAACUGUUUAUUUGUUUACAAUAUUACCAAAUAGUUAAAUCAAUGACAGUAAUAAUUUUCACAAUUGAGAAUUUCACAAGACUGAUGCAAAUAUCCCGCCUCACGACUUGCUUUAUUAUUACCAUUUAAAUUUAGGCUUUAGUUAGUAGAUUAAUACAGUAGAAUAAGCAGUAUAACUAUUUACAGUGUAUUCAAUUACAUGGAUUUUUUAAUUUAAUAUUUUUAGCUUAUUUUGGAAAUUACAUUGUAAGAAUUAAAUAUUGGCAAUUUAUCACCUGUAAUAUUUGUAGGGCCUGUCCAUGUAUUUGAAUAUGCUGAAUUUGUUAUUUGCCUUUAAUUCUGUAACUUAACCUGUUCCAGGAACAGCUUUACUAAUUGUAUAAAAACCAUACCUGACUUUUCUUGAUUUGUGACAUGACAGAUACAUAUAUUUUAUUUGAAUAUAACAAUGCCUUGACUGAUUUAGAGUAAUGUUUAUGUGCAGUAUUACAACAUUUUUUUAUUUUUCUAUUUUGGAGAAAUGUUAAAACUACAUUAUUUUUAUAAUUUAUAGUUAAUCAUAUUUUAGGUUACUUAAGUUUAUAUUAGUAUAAUAAUAAUGAUAAACAGUCAGUGGAGACUGUACCAAGAGCAAAUUCUAUUUUCCAGUGCUCUUAAGUACUUUCUGCUCCAAAGACGAUUCUAAAUAUAAUAUCAUUAUGUGUACUAGGUAUUUCAAAUACUAACUAAAGACAAGUUUUGUUAAAUAUUAUAUUUCGUGUCAUUUUAAAGCUAUAGAACUAAGUGAAGUUAUUGAAGUGCAAUCAACCAUUGGCUAAGCCUUGAGCAUGUUGUGGUUAUGGGAAAUAAUUGUUGUGUUCUCUUUACCCAUAAUAUUUAUUCAAGUGUUAUACACUGAAAAAUUUUUGCUGCAAUUUGUAGAAUUAUAUAAGUGUAAUGUUUAUUGAAUAUUAAGUAUAGUAGUAUAUUCAUCCUAAAUAUAAGGAUUGAGGCUAUAUUCGAAGUUAUUAGGCCUUUAUUAAACUUUUACCUAACAGUUAUUUAUACUCUGAUUUUUUCUGAGUAUGCAUAUUUUAUAUAAUCUUAUUUCUAAUUUUAUUUAUUUCAAUCAUGUUAUUUAAAAGAAAGAAUACUUUUAUUUGGAGGCUUUUUAUUAAUGUUGCUAUUUACAAUUGUUUUCGACUCUUAUAACCUGAUUUAUUUUUAUAUAAAUAGUUUUAGUAUAAUAAUAGUUCGUAAUAUAUUUUUAGUAAUAUUUUGGACUCGUGCUUACAUUGCAACCAAAAAGUAGUAUCUUUUGUUAUAUCAGUUUUUUAUAAUAGAUUCAUGACUUGAUGUCCCACCAUUUUGAGCAAGAAUAAUCUUUGUCUAUGACAUCAUACAGAAUCAAGUAUGUUAUCUAAUGUACAUGAUACUUAAAACAUAAUAUAUAUUCAUCAUUAUCAUUAAUAUUAGACAAUACUACUUGAUUGUGUAUGGAUAAUAUAAUUUAUUAUGUUAGUUCUUAGAAAACCAGACAUUAGUGACAAACAAUUCAUAUUUUUUUAUAUUUUAUUAAAUUCAAACUGAUACAUGAUUGUAACAAUAUUAUAUUUUGUGUGUAUAGUAUGAAACAUUUUGGUUUCUAUUAUGUUAUUAGUGUUUAGAUAAAACUCGAAAAUAACAUUAAUGUUAAAUUUUAUAUUGUCAUAGAAACAAGGUCCUUUAUAUUAUUUUAAUGACAAGACUGAACCCACAAAAUACACUAGCACGGGUAACAUAAUUCCCAUAUGCAUAAUUUAUUAUAAAUACUUUCAUCAUAAUCAAAUAUUAUAUAUAACACAUCACUAAAUAACAAAUAAGACAUUUGAAAAUAGCCGAUUUAUCCAUGUCUAAACAGUGGUUGAUAUAAAUAUCGACCACAUAGUUACUUAACUAUAAGACAAAUGUGAAUAAAUUAUAUUUUGUACUAUGAAUAAUUAAGCAAAGUAAUUACCUAAGGUCUGUGCAUAUACAUUGUCUAACAAAUUCAGAAAUCUAUGGCGUGCGUGACAAUAACCUCCAGUCUUGUCAUUCUUUUAAACUGAGGAGGAAUAGCGUGCCCUUAUCCAUUCAAUACUGAAGCCGCUAUUUAUUAGAUAUUUAUUAAUAUUAUUUUAAUAAACUUAUUUUAAUAAAGUUAUUUUAUAUACGAAUAUAUUCAAUAUGCAGGUCUAGGUCGAAAAUUAAUUAUUUUAUUAAAAUAAGAUUAAUUUUCGUCCAUAUUCUAUUUUAUCUUCUUGCUAGCAAUUGAUGAAGUAUCAGAACAAAACGCUGGCUAAUUUUAUUAUGAACUAAAACUCCGUUAACAAGAAAAUAACUCGCGUUCGAAGUGCCUGAAUGUACAUAUGUACAUUCUAUACGUAUGGCAUAACCGUUUGUAAUUCUGCUGUUCACUGCUACACCACCUGAUAACCACCCCUGUAAUACUAUUACCUAUUUGUUGCAAUAAAUACAUUGUGGGUGGUUUAAUCACGUUUCACAUCGGUAUUUACGCGGCUCGGUGUCCCUUUUUCCUUGUCUGUGUUAUCGUUUACGUAUAUAGUGAAUUUUUAGAGCUUUUAAAUUAGAUCGUGUUUCUUGGGUACUGUUUUAUAAGAUUUUUAAUCAUUCCACUGAGUUUAGAAUAAAAUUAGCUGCUAACUUCAAUAUAAUUUUGCUGUAACUUAAAUAAUAAUGCGAUCAUUAUGGAACUAUCAGUGAAAGACAAAAUAUACCUUUACCUUUUUGAAUACCAUAAAAAAUCAGUCGAAACAAAAACAACUGACCUUGAAAAAUUUACUUAAUGUGUAUAUUUUAACAUUACAUAUUAACUUGAUAUAGAUAAUUAUAAUAGCAUAAAUUAAUAGAUUUCAUUGUUAAAUAUUACCAUUUACGUUGUUAUUAGUACAAAAUACACGAACCGACGUAUAUUUUAAAGAUAAGUAAUCCACCUUCUGCCUGCCGAAUUAACAGUAAAAAAUUCAAGCUACCUGCAUAUUGUUUUUGUAGUAAUAUAGCAUGGUGUGUAACUUUUAAAGCACCUAGAAAUAAGAAAAAAUGUGUUCAUAUGAAUUUAGUUAAUAGAAUAUAGUUUAUCUAUUAGUGCUGUAGACUGUAAAACAGUAAGUUUAUUAUUUUCUGCUCUAAUUAUAAACAAAGUUUUCUACUGAAGCGAAUGUAUGUACAAUACGUUUCUUAUUAUAUUCAACAAUAGUCAAUAUUUUUUCAUACUUAAAUAAUUUGUGAAAAUUAUCUACCUGCCCAAUAUACAUACAAUACAGCAGUGUUAUUCAAAGCGUGAGUCGCGGCCCCUGGUAGGUCCCAGCCUCUACAAGGGAGUCGCGGAAGAUCGUAUCGCACUUAUUAGCUAUUUAGUUGUACUAUCGUCUUAUUGCUUUUUCAUGUACGGCAGCGACACGGUAUACCUAUUUUCAGUGGUUUUCUGUCAACAACGCAGACGCAGGCGAUGAUGAAGGCAACUUUGACUAUAACUAUCUUGACAAUUAAAUUAUGAAAAGAGAGUUGUAAACCUAGCGCUUGACCUAUCUAAGUUACACUAUCUCUCUACAUUGUAGACGAUUUUACUAUGCAAAUAUGACACUAUGGACUGUUCGGAAACUAAACUGCUAUUUUUACUAUCAUACAGGAUACAUACUAUAGAGGAUACAGUCAUCCGGGACAGUAUUUAACUGAUACCUAGCUAUGGAAAACCUUGCUGCCAUUGAUAUUUUGCUUUAGCAUUGAUAGACCUGGUUCACCAGGCUUAACACAUACGGUUUUACGUAUCAAACCAUAUCAAAAUGUAUCCGUUUUUUAUCACCCGUAAUAAUUCUAGGUAAAACACUCCUUUUUAUCUUUAUAACAAUUCGUAAAUGGUUUUUCUUUCAGUUUCUCGUUACUUUCUUCCUGCAAAUGACGUUUUCCCGGUACGAAGUCUGAUAUUAACAAUACAAAUUUUUCUUACGCUUAAGCCAAAUAUUUUUAUUACGUUUAUAAUAAUAAUAAUAAUAGGCCUUUAUUGCUGAAAGUAUUACAUUAUUGUUAAUAUUGUUCAUUUACUAAGAUUUCAAAAAAAAAAAGAUUCACACAAAGAUUUCAAUACAUAGCAAAUCAAGUUCGACGAAAUUCUAAUGUAAUGAACUACGCCCUCUGUUCAAAAUUCGUAGUCUUGUAUAUCUAAUACAUAUUAAGGGGUCGCACCAUAAAAAGCUUUGAAAAACACUAUUACAGGACUCGCUGUAACAUCUAAAAUAUUAAUAGUACGUAUUUGUCAUUUAUUAUUUAUAUAAAUUGUCACACGUCAGAGAUCACAAAUAUUUAGAUAAAUUAUAACGAUGAUUUUAUUUCAAUAAUAGAAUCCUAAAGAAUAGAAUCCAGUCUAUUAUCAAGAAACUACCUAAUUUGUUAAAUGACCGCUAUGAAGCCUUGUUGGUCUAGUUUUAUUUUUAAUUCUGUAUAAUUAAAUACCUAACGAAUUAGGUAGAUUCCAUAUUUCUAUAAAUGCUACACAUUUACGAUUUAGGUAUAAGCCAUCGCUCUAACCUUUUUGUCUGUUCGCAUGAUUAAUUCCUUGUCUGAAUAUUAUAAAACAUGGCUACCGAGCCAAAGUAUGUAUUUUACACAAUACAAAAAUACAAGUGUACAAUACCUAAAUUGUCAAAAAUAAACGAAGUUUCUUUUCUUUUCUGUUGA